AUGUUGCCUUGUCCAGUUCUGAUCGCGGUGACGCAGUCGCUUUCGCUCCGAUGGCUUGCAACGACAGUCCCUAAUGGACAAGACUUGGAUACUGAACAAGCUCCUGAGAUGAAGAGGAAGGAGGAGGAGAAGAAGACGAAGAUGGGUACAAAAGGCAGUGGUGAUGACGGCGCAAGUGGACAAGAGUAUGGAUACAAUAGGGAGGAGGAGCGGUUUUCGACAAUGGCUGUGGAACCCACGUACCCUAUGCGGAAGCUCCGUACGGACGUGAAUCAGGCCUAUUUUCCAGGUAAAACGGGCUCGGAUGCAUGCUCUCGGAAGCAAAUUCACUCGCUCGUGGACACUGGCAACCAGGCGAUUCUGAUCUUGGGCUUGAAGCAAGCAUCGGGUGUGCCGGAUAAAAAGCACCAAUAUGGAUACACACGUGCUGCGUACUUUGGAUCGCUCAUCUCUGCGCUUGGCAUAUUCUGGUUAGGUUCUGGGGUGACGGUUGUCCAAGGGAUCCAGUCGCUCUUGGAUCCUCCGAAAGAGAUUUUUCUUUCGUGGGAAGUGUGGGAUGUGCUAGCAGCUUCUUUUGGCAUUGACGGAUGGGUGCUGAAGCGGUCGGUACAGGAACUGAGGGCCUCUCAGCCCCAAGACAUGUCGUUUUACAAGCAUGUGACGCGGACAAAGGAUCCGUUUCUGAUGGCUGUGCUGCUGGAAGACAUGUCAGCAUGUGUGGGUAUCGUUAUUGCUGGAUGUGGCAUUGGGGCCAGCCACAUUACAGGCAACCCGUUGUGGGACAGUCUCGCUAGUGUAUCGAUUGGCGUGCUUCUUGGCGGUGCUGCAGUAUCGCUCAUUCGAAUGAAUCAGAAGUAUUUACUGGGCCAGUACAAGCCGUUGUUUUUAGAGACAACAGAUUUUAAAAAGGGUUUGCCGCUCAUUCUUGCUUGGUACGCGGAGGAUGUGACUCGUCUUGUCGAGAAAGAGAUGCAAGAAGUGGAAGAGGUUAUUCGCGGCAUUUACCCCGAGGCCGCCUUCAUCGAGUGGGAGCCUGAUGGCAAAGAGUCGGAGAUGCGUGCCGUGUUGAGUGUGCAGACAAAGUCUUCCCGUACGAGCGAGCGUGAAGCCAUCACGCGAGCGUUGGCACUGCUUGCACGGACAUUAGAGCGGAAGACAACAGGAGCUGAUCGUCCAGCUACUACUGGCACGAGUGAAUAA